GAUACCACUUUAAGAAAAUUCCAAGGAAAAGACGGCCCCACUUUAAAAUUCCCACCUCUGGCUCCAAAGGAUUGGGUUUCAAACUUCGACAAAAUACUCUGCUCCACUCCCUAUUGGUGCAUGCUCUAAUCAUUCAUUCUUCCGCCUGGAGUUUUGUGGGGUACGGGAGAAGGCUACUCUGCUUUAGUCUGGAGCUAUCCCACUUUCGACUUUUUGAUGCUUAUCAAUCUGUUCAAAGAAUCACCAAACUGAUACAGCGUCUGUCAAAUCAGGCUGUCGAGACAGCUGUGUAAUUCGUUCGAAAAAGAAACGGAGAACCUCUCAAGCAUACAGGAGGAUAAUGUAUGUAAAAAUAUGCAAGAAUCCCAGGAAACCCAGAUAUCCAACCACCUAGAUGAAAUUGUUGGUGCUGUCAGCAUAACGCCUCAAAAGAAGAUCUCGAAACAGCUGACUCAGACAUUGCUCUUUCAGCCUCCUCGAGAGAAACUCCACCUGUGUGAAGAGAAAGCAAAGUCCUAUUCCAGCAGGCAUGAAUACCAGCAGGCGAUUCGGGAGCUGGUGCGCUGCGUGGCCCUGACACGGAUUUGCUAUGGCGACCCCCACUGGAAACUGGCAGAGGCGCACGUCAACCUGGCUCAAGGCUACCUCCAGCUGAGAGGACUGUCACUGCAGGCAAAACAACAUGCAGAAAAAGCCAGAGAAAUCCUCACCAACGCCAUCAUGCCUCCCUUCAGCGACAAUCUGGAUGUUUUCAAGUGUUCGAUUGAGCUUUUCCAUACGUUGGGGAGAGCCUUACUCUCCAUUCAGAAAUUUAAGGAAGCUGCAGAGAACUUGACAAAAGCAGAGAGACUUUUGAAGGAGCUGCUGCAGUGUGGAAGGAUUAUAAAGGACGAAUGGAUAGAAAUUCAAGCUCCGAUCACAUUGUCUUUCGCACAGAUGUAUCAAAGUCAGAAGAAGUCAAAAGAAGCUCUGCCCCAUUACCAAGAGGCUUUAAAAUAUACUGAGAUCAGCAAAGGUGAAGAGAGUCUCGAGUGUGUACCGAUACUGAGGGAAUUAGCGGGUGUAGAGCAAGCCCUGGGGUGCCACGACGCAUCCAUCGACCAUCUCUUGCAGGCGCAUCUCAUCGUCCUGAGCAGAAAGCCCUCUCCAGAGGAGGCGAUGGUGUCCGCACACUGUGUCGCUCGAGCUGCUGUCACUUCCGGGAGGCCCGAGCACCAGGAUGUGGCUGAGCAGUAUUUUCAAGAGAGCAUGGCUAGUUUCAAAGAUGCCGAAGGGACGGGAAAAGCCAAGCUUCUUUCCAUUCAAGAUGAAUAUUGCCAUUUUCUACAAGUCACUGGACAGGAAGAGAGAGCAACCUCCAUCCUGAGAGAGUCCUUGGGAGCCAAAGUGGCAGUGUUUGGUGACCUCAGUGCUGAGGUGGCAGAGACGUACCGCCUCCUGAGCAGGGCUGACCUGGCGCAGGGGAACCACAGCAGGGCCCAGAAGAAGCUGAGGAAAUGCCUUCAGAUUCAAACGCUCUUGUACGGACCGCAGGACAAGAGGACACUGGCCACCCAGCAGUCCGUGGACGUCCUGUCCAAGGCCCCCGAGAUGGCUGUGAAGCCGAAACAGGCCCCGAAAUCCAAGCCGGCCUCUGGCACCGGAAUGCCCCAGCACACCGUGACGGGGAAGGCGAGGCCGCACGCUGGGGACUGAGACCCAGCCACCCCCGAAGACAGCUUCGCUCAUGCCCGGUGCCGACAUCCGGGGCGCUGCAUCGGCCUGUCUCCAGCCAGAAGAUGGAAUUCAGUGGUCACUGUCCAGAUUUCCAAGGCCAGGUGUUUGCUGGGACACCCAGCGGUGACACCAGCCACCUCCCGUGGGCCGCAUCUGACAGUGCACGCCUUUCGGGGUGAUCCGGUGCUUCUAUACAGCAUUUUUCUUUUUACCGCCUACGUGGUUUUUCUUGCCAACAAAAAUUUCUACUAUUGUGACCGAAAAGCUUCUCUUCACACGUUCAAAACGCUCGUGCGGGAAAGAGGACUCAGCGCCUCGCGCAGAUCUGGAGUCAGGUUUGUCAGAUUUGGAGCAAUGAAAUUCAGGACAGAGCCCUUUCCCACAGGAAGGGGACAGGGACUGAGAAUAAAAUGCUAACGAAGGGAA